GACAAACCUGAACACUCAGUCAGAGAAAGAGUCCAAGGAUAAAACAGGAAGCGGAGAGGACGCCAUGCAUCUACCCAGCCAGACAGAGUGCCAGACCAGGGCCACUCAUGUCCCCGACUGUGAUGCCACCAACUCAGACUGUACUGGUACCACUCAGGAGUUUAUUCCCGCAGACAGGAAAACAGAUCAGACGGCUUCACAGACUCUAGAAACAGAAGGAUUAUCAGAGGAUGACAUCAUGGACGUUCACGGACCUGAUCACUUUAGCACGGAUUCUACUGUCACUGCUUCAGAGCUUAGUCAAACGGACAACAAAAACGCAGAGGGAGAGGAAAUAACAAGUGUGCAACCAGUUGGAAAGGAAAUACUUGAGCCGACAGAGCUGGAAUCAAACGGGCUUGCCGGUCUGGUCCAACAAACGUUGGAUUAUGUGGAUAUAAAGGCAGCGUCCGAAAAUAAAGAUUUGACGGUUGACGGAAAAGAUGAGACAUCCGUGGAGCGGACAGUUUUGGUGGAAUCUAACUCUUUAAAGGAACUUACUGUCAAACUUUUAGUUCCUACAGAAUUCACAAAGGAACUUGUGGAAUUUCCCGAACAGAAUUCACAGCAUGUAGAAACUGUUGCGUCAGUGGAUCUCAUGGGAAGACCCUUCAUGGAAUCAGUGCGUCCUACAGAAGCUGUUGGUGUGCCAUUUGAAGCUACAGCGGAUGUUUUACCACUUGAAAUAGGGGAAGGAAGUGCUGAGACAACUGUGAUGGAAAAUUUGGAGCAUUGUUUGGCCACUGAGAUGCUGAGAGAUCAGCAGCACAGGGAGGAAAAUACCAACAAGUUGUGUGUGGGUGAAGAGGAAGCGAGUCAGGAAAGAAGUAGGAGUCAAGAAGAUGACGGCGGGAUGGUUAAUGCCAAGGAGCUGUCUCACAUAGACAAAGAAAAAGAGCAGAACUACAAUGAAAACAUAGCAGCCACAGCAAUAGCAGUUGUAGCGGUAGCAAUAGCAUCAGCUAUGGCUAGCAUAGAGCUAAGCCAAAAGAUAGCAGAUGAUUUACUGAAGUUGAGGAACAAAGACAAAGAGACCUGUAAACUAGUAGAAGCUGAGACAGAAAAGCAUUCAGACACUGAACCUACUGAUCAGUUCCCUUCUACAGAAGCUCAUGUUGAAGCAUCCCAGGACUGUGUGGUGUUGCAGUGUAGUGCUGAGACAGAGAAGCCAGCAGCAGCACAGCUGGCUAGCAGGCAGCAGGCUAACCUUGACCUGUCAGCACUUGCAGACACUCCCAGUCUACCACAACUCGACAAAGAGGAAUUCCUAAGGGAGAGUACGCUUAACAAAGUCUUUACAUGUUCUCUACCCGAAGAGAACCUUCUGCUGCCCGUUGAUAUUAAACCUUUGCAGGAAAAGAUUAGCAACGAGGUAGACAUCCAAGGUCAUACGCAGAUAGAACUCCCUGGUUUUGUUCCAGAAAAGAAAGAUCCUUCCUGCCCUGAUUCUGAGGACAGUCUUGGAGAAAACCAGGAUCAGUCUAUCUGUCAGGAGGAGAGGGGUAUACAACAUCAGCUUUUAGAAUCCAUCACUGCCGAGGCUGAAUGCAGUCAUCCACACAGCCAAGCGAGUGAGGAAAGGGAGAAUGGUGAGCAAGCUUCCAAGGAAAUGUCAGAACCUGAGCUGGAUCGUCCGGUCCAGACAGCGUGUGAAGCAGACGUUCCCAUUUUGCCACUUCCUGUUACCCCCUGUAACUCAACUUCUAUGGCUGAUCCCGGUCCAGAGGAACUCCCUUCCCCUGUGCCAGUGGAAACAGACCGGUCAUCCCAGUCUUUAGAGGACCUGACCCUUCUCCCUGCCAUCCCUAUUGGUGCUGGCAGUGAUACGUUCCAGAGCGAAGGCCAUGAGAGUGUUGCUAUGAAUAUUGCUGAGGUUGGCGUGUUUGAGGGGAAGGACACUCUGGAUACAGUGCAUGGAUGGAAGGAGAGAGAAAAUAAGAAGAUGAUGAGGAAAGACAUGGUCUCACUGGACGACACACCCUCGACAGUAGCCGAGGAAGAAGAAUGUCAGCAGAGCAGGAACGAACCAGACGACACACACACUCUGCAGAUCCAGAGGGAGAGAGAUGUGUUCUGCCCUGAACCCAGCACAGUGUCAACAUGCACAGACCUGCAUCCAGAAAAAGGGCAGCGCGUGUCGCAGUGUCUGCUGCAGGAAGACGAAGACGGUGGGAAAUUCAGUGCAGCAUUGGAUGACAGCAUUUUUAAAAGGCCUAAAGACCCUCCCCCCCGUGUUGGACACUGGGACAGAGGGAUGCGUGUCUCGCGGUCCUCCACACAUGAUGCCUUGACACAGGAUAUCUUCAGCCCCAGUGAGGGGGCUCUGUCAGGGGGCAGACCUGACGCCGUGGCCCCCCGCAGCUCCAGGCUGUCUUGGAAGUCAGAAACAGAGGACCGAGGAGGAGGAAUGGUUGAAAAAGGACCAGAAGAAGAGGAAGAAGAGAAAAAGGACCAGGUCUCAGAAAGUCCAGUGUACUCUGCCAUCUCCAGAGCCUCCGCCCGCUCCCUGUCUCCGCUGAGACGCCACAGCUGGGAGCCGGCCCGGAACAACCCUCCCGCAGACAUGGACCUGACACAGCGCAGCUCCAUGAAGAGCCUCUCGGGGGAGAUGCAGAGAGCCAAGCCCCCCCUCCACAGGAGAAGUAUCAGUUGGUGUCCAUCCAACCUGCGUCGCCCUGAUCAGGAGCAAAUAGACAGCAGAAGCUACAGCCUGGAGGGUCUGGAGGGGGAGAGGGAAGCGCUGCCAGCUCAGUGCCCCCCCCUCAGUGAGCAGCAGGGGGGGGCUGCAGGGAGGAGUGUGAGAGUGGACCUGCAGGAGAGAAGAGGCUCCCUGCUGUCCCUCACUGAGGAGGAGCAGGAAGGAGAGCACCUGCAGCCCUCCCAUCAGGCGCUGUCAGUGACCAACAGCUGUCCUGUCAUGUUCCCGCCACCAACCCUCACCAAAUCCAUCUCCAUGGUUACCAUCAGUCAGCGUGAGCUAGAUGUGAGAGGAUUCCCUCCAUCAAAGCGACCAAUCAGCUUUUCCCUCAGUAUCUCCCCGCUCCUCCACAAAAAUAGACGCCUGUUUUCUAUUGGCUCAGCCUCCAGUGAUGAGGAGGAGGAGGAGGGAGGGAGCGGGAGCUCUUUCUGCCCCAACUCCGGCUCACUGGAGUACAGUAUUUCAGAGGACGAGCCAGGGCCCCUGCGCAGCGACUUUGAGGGGAAAGGAGGCCCUAAAAUCAGCCGCACAUUCAGCUACCUCCGCAGCAAGAUGAGCAAGAAAGGGAAGGAGAAGGAGAAGAAAGGAGAGAAGGAGAGUAAGGAGAAAGAGAAGAAGAGCACUAACGGUCACCUCUUCAUCCCCGUCAGCCCCUGUGCCCCCUCUUCCUGUCUGCACUGCUCCAAACCUCUGCACAGCAAAGACACCUUCCUGUGCAACAACUGUGGAGCCCAUGUCCAUAAGUGCUGCAGAGAGAGUCUGUCUGUCUGCACAAAGAGCAGAACAAAGCAGCCAUCCCCAGUGCCAGAAGCUGCUCCUGGGUCAGCUAUUAGCUUGAGGACUAAAUCUACAUCUUCAGCAUCAUCUAUAUCAUCUGCAUCCUCGUCUUCGUCACGGGAACGCUGGUCCACGGCAACCACUCCUGAUGACCAGCUCCCCACGUUGUUUCCACGGAGGCACAACAGCAUCUUCAACCCGCACAGCAACCUGUCCAAGAGCAUCUCCACCAGCAACAUAGCAGGGCUCGAUGUUGAGGUUCCACUGAAGGGCCUGAAGUCUCUGUCCCAGUCCACCGACUCGCUCCAUAAGGGGAGCAAAGUCAACGCCUCCACAGAGUCCCUCACUGAUGAAGGCACUGAGAUGAUGGACAGUCAGCUGAUGGGAGAAUUUGAGUGGGACGUCAAAGAUCUAGAAGCUGAUUCUUGGAGCGGAACGAUGGAUAAGAAGUUCUUGAAAACGUUGAAGAAAGAUGAAAUCAAGAAACAAGACGUCAUCUAUGAGCUGUACCAGACAGAGUUCCACCAUGUGAGGACUCUGAGGAUCAUGUCGGAGGUGUACUACAAAGGCCUGCACAAGGACCUGCAGCUGGACAAUACAACUCUGGACAAGAUUUUCCCUGUUUUGGAUGACCUGUUGGAAACGCACACACAUUUCCUCACCCUGCUCCUGGAGAGGAAGAAGGCUUCGUCCACUGAGGGAGAGGGCAGCAGCAACUUCCUGAUCUGCAGCAUCGGGGAUGUGCUGCUCAACCAGUUUUCAGGCUGCAGCGCUGAUCGUAUGAAGAAAGUCUACGGGAAGUUCUGCAGUCGCCACAGUGAAGCGGUUAAUCUCUACAAAGACCUGCACGCCAAAGAUAAACGCUUCCAAGGCUUCAUCAAGAAAACGAUGAGCAGCAGCAUAGUGCGGAGGCUCAGUAUUCCAGAGUGCAUUCUGUUGAUCACUCAGAGGAUCACCAAGUACCCCGUCCUCAUCCAGAGGAUUCUGCAGCACACUAAAGACUCUGAUGAGGACCACAGCUGUGUGUGUGAAGCUCUGCGCUGUGUGAAGGAGCUCAUCACGGCUGUGGACAGCAAGGUGAACGAGCACGGGAAGAAGCAGAGGCUGAAGGAAGUCUACAGUCGCACUGACAGUAAGUCCAUCAUGAGGAUGAAGAGCGGCCAGAUGUUUGCCAGAGAGGACCUGAUGAGAGGCAGGAAGCUGCUGCAUGACGGAGCUCUGCAGCUGAAGAACACUGCAGGGAGACUCAAAGAUGUGCAGGCCAUGCUCCUGUCUGAUGUGUUGGUGUUUCUUCAGGAAAAAGACCAGAAAUAUGCCUUUGCCUCAUUGGACCAGCGCUCUACAGUCAUCUCGCUACAGAGUCUCAUCGUCAGAGAGGUGGCUAACGAGGAGCGGGGGCUCUUCCUCAUCACAGCUGGGAUAGAGAGGCCGGAGAUGGUGGAGGUGUUGGCCAGCAGCAAGGACGAGAGGAACACCUGGAGAGCAUUCAUACAGGACGCUAUGCACUGCAUGGAGAAAGACGAGGACGAGGGAGUCCCCAGUGAGACAGAGGAAGACAGGAAGCAGCAGGAGAACAGAGCAAAGGAGAUCAGAGAGCUUCUGCGCAGGAAAGACGAGCAGAUCAUCUCUCUGCUGGAGGAGAAGGUGCAUAUCUUCAGAGACCUGGGCGACUGUAGCUCCGCCCCCGAUGGACACACACCGGUCAGGGAGCGCAUGUUAUUCAUGGCGACUCCUGAUGAUGUCACGAAGGGGGAGCCAAUCAUAAAGGACGCCCUGAGAGAAGGUGAGCAGGGUUCUGAAGGAGGUUCAGUGGGGUGGGGGGGGGCAGGCUGCAGUGCUCCUGUCGGCCUGACAGGGGGCGCUGUGGGGCCGGUGUGUCUGCCCCGGAGAGCCGAGACCUUCGGGGGCUUCGACAGCCACCAGAUGAACAGCAGCAAGAAUGGAGAGAGAGAAGAGGGGGAUGAGUCGCUGGACCUCCGCAGGACUGAGUCAGACAGCGUGUUGAAGAAGGGAGCUACUGCCAGCCUACAGAUGAUGCUGAAGAGAAACAAUGAGCAGGUGCAGCACAGCGUGACGCAUCUCCACGACCUGCUGAUCUCACUCCAGGCUGUGGUGGUGCAGCAGGACUCCUUCAUCGAAGACCAGCGGCAGACCCUGAACGAGCGGCUGGUGGCCAACUCUUCCAGACACUCGUCGUCUUCCUCCCUCUCCUCCUCUUCCUCCUCCCGGCCCUCCUCCCUCAUCGAGCAGGAGAAACACAGGAGUCUGGAGAGACAGCGCCAGGAGGCGGCCACCCUGCAGAAACAGCAGGCUGCACACCAGGAAGAGAAGAGGAAGAGAGAGAAGGCCUGGGACAUGAAGGAGAGAUGUCUGGCAGAACGAGAGGAGAGGCUGCAGGCGGAGGAGGAGCAGAGCAGGAAGAGGCACCAGGAGCUGGCCGAGGAGGCGGAGACGCUGCAGAGGAAGAAAGAGGAGUACCAGGGAGAGCUGGAGAGGCUGAGGGAGGCGCAGAGGAGGCUGGAGAGAGACAAGGAAGCUCUGAGGAGAGACACGGAGCGACUGGAGGACCUACAGAGAGAAGAGUCGGAGCAGCUUCAGAAGUACCAGCGGACCCCCUCCACCACCUCUGAAGACUCCAUGAGGUCCCACAGCACCUGGUCUCUGGAUCUAGAUUCAAAAGAAGCAGCAGAACAGCUUAAAGGGGUUGAGCUCUCAUCUUCGGCCCCCGCCAAAGAACCUUUCCUCCGCAUCGGAUCCAAGAGGAUGGGCAAACACUUCAACCCCUUCUCCUCCUCCUCCUCCUCCUCCUCUAAGCCUCAGGGAGCAGAGAAGGAGUCCCAGCUGCCCCGGCUGCUGCAGCUGACCAAACCUAAAGAGAAGAAAGACAAGAGGAAGAAGAAAGGCAAAGGAGAGCUGACUCCCACGGAAAGCAACGCUGCAGUGAUGUCGGACCCUCAGAAUGAUGGAGACAUCUUCUUCUGCUGAGAACCUGGACACACUGCAGGCCUCGCAGCAAACAGGACGCCUUAUCCCUCUUUUUGGAUUUAAAAUGUCCGCCUGUCAGACACAAUGGACAGUCUGACUCACCUGCGUAUGUCCCAGGUAAAUAGAAGUUUUGGCCUCCUCCAGGGGGACACCAGAGGACAUGAUGGUGAGCCGAUGACUGUCAUUCACAAGUGCCAACAAUUUCCCCGACAAGCUUCCAGCGGUUAGAGAUGUGACGCAAAGCCAUGGAUCAAUGUGAGGACACCAAUAGGAAAAUGUCAUGUGAUAGACCAAGUCACAUGGUGCCUCAAGGCUUUCAAAUGUAGCUUUAACAUGAACCAACCAUAGAGUGAUGCAGGGAUGACGUAUUUUUGUAGGCAGAAACGGAAGUUAGCAUCACAAGGGCUCCCUUGACAAAUAGCUAACGGUAAUUUUCCAUUGGAUUUUGGAUUAUUGCAGAAAAUAAGCUCUGUGGCAAACACAAUUUUAUGAUACUUACAUGUUUUUUUAGCAGAAUAUUCUCUACAUAUUAACCCCACUUUACCACCACUUUUGAAGCGUAAAUGCAAUCACGAAAAGUAAAAAAAAGCUAACGUUAGGUUACCACCGCUAAGCUAAAGAUGGCUAACGUUCGACUUUAUGACGUUAAGUAGCCACUUGUUAGCAAACAUUGUGGUAUUUAAUUACAUAUUUUAUGUCGUAGAACAAAACGUGAACAUCUCUUAAACUGGUGUUAAUCACAGACUUUAUUUCAGACUUCUUAACACAUUAAGAAAAAACUUUCACUUUGAGACAAAGUGCUAAGAUGCUCUUUAUUUCCGUGUUUUAGCACUUAUUCCUGCACCGCUCUAUGACUGCCAUUUCUUUCAAGUAUCGCUAAUGCUAACUCUGAAUGUUUGUGGUGCUAGCAGCUCCUCAGCUUCAGUGAAGUUCCACUGGCUGAACUUUUAGUCUAAAGUGUGAUUCGUGUGUCACCACAUUUGCUUUAACUCCAGUUGUAUCAGUCAAGCUGUCAGAUAUGAGGGAGUAACAGUCGCCACACCACAUGGUGCACCAGCCUCAUUGCUCACUGUCCACACUGUGCAGAGGUCAGUGUGUCCACAGACAAUCAACCAAUGACAGGUCAGUCACAGAAGGACACGCUCUGCUUAUAGUGCCUUACGUCUGAUAUCUAGAUAUAGAUAUAGUCUGCGUGCGAUGACUCAUGCUCAAAGUGUACGUUCUCAGAUAAUCACCUCCAAUAUGUAGACAUCACUCCUGUGGGAUAGGUGGUGUAUGAAUUUAGCUCCGUGUGAGCCCUGCAGAAGAAUCAGUGCUCAGCUUUAAUCGUCUCAGUGUGACAAUCACUUCAGCUCAACAGGAUCAGGAAUACAAAGAUUUUAACAUGCACUUUAUAUACAUGAGUAUUUUCUUCUGUCAUUUCCUAAUUAUUGAAUCAGAAUUGUUUAAGUCAUCUGGUACUUAUUACAGGGAAAAUGGGAAGCUCCUUGAAAGUUUAAAAGUGUGUCAAUGUGUGUGUGUGAACGGGUGAAUGUUGGCUUGUGUUGUUAAGCGCUUUUCAAAUUAAACAUUUUAUUGUCUCUACGUCAAACCCCUCAAAGUCCUUAAAGAUUCUUUUUUUUAUUUUCCGCUCUAAAUGAGUAUCUCUCAGGACUUCAGGGGCUCCAUACUGUAGCCUAUGUAUGCUUGCUUCUACAUUUCACGUAUUUUUAAAUUUUUGCAUGUCCAUUUAAUUGAAGUUAAUUAUUAAGAAGUCUACCAUUUGGACAUUGGUUUCCCUAUGAUCAGUAUGACACUGUUAUUUUUUAGUAAAAGCCCUACUAAAAGACUAUUUGGAGAAGACAGAAUUAUAAGCAUUACCCAUAAAAACAGCAUUAAAAAUAACUUCCUAUUGAAUAUUUGGACUUUUAUAGGACAUAUAUUGAGAUCAUAUGAAGAUAUCAUGUUAUCGUUUUUUAAACUUCUGCAUUCAGAAUGAAUUAUUCCAGACACAUUUGAAUGAAAAAACAGCUAGAUGAGUUUGUAGUUGUGUAUUUUUUACACAUUUGAAGGGUGUUUGUCAUUGAAUAUUAGUUUCACUUGACGUUUUGUUCUUACUUUGGAGAUAUUAGUCCAUUGAGUAGCUCCUUGGUGAACUGUUGACCAAAUGGCGCAGUCAGCUUUGCAAGGGUUCCUUUAAAAGAAAGUCAAGGAGUUUUUUCCAUUGGCUAUUGGAAUACUGCAGGAAAUUAGAUCUGUGGCAAACACGUUUACGAUACUUUAAUGCUUUUUCAGCAUGAUAAUCUCCACAUAGUAACACCACUUGAUGAUUAUUGAAGCGUAAAUGCAAUCGCCAGAAAUAAAAAGCUCAAGGUAGGCUAUAAAAUAACUGUCACAGUCACAUGACUUCACGCCACUUUCGCUAAGCUAAAGGUGGCUAAUUUUCGGCAGGAAUGCUUUCAGUUGUAUUAUUUAGACACUUAAUACCAACAGACGUUUUUAUGAAAUGUAAAAAGCUUCCGACAUUUUGAUAUUAGAAAUAACAAAAAUAUUUCACAGCCCUUCUUCUGUAAAAGUGUUCAAAUAAUAGACAAUCAACGGGUUUACCUUGACGUCAUGUAAGAACAAUAUUCAAACUCACUGUCGCACCACUCAAUACCACUCUUUAAAGACAGACAGUCACUACCUGCUGGAGAUCAUACAGUAGACUGUCACGUAGUCUCUGGAGACUUUAAACCACUUAUAAGCACAGACAGGCCUUUAUUUCUUGUUUUCUGAUCCACUUUCAUUGGUCAUGUUAGUUUUUACUGUUGUUCAUCUGUUUUACUUUCACACCCUUCAGGAGAAGAGCUAAGUCACCUUUCUUUCACUGAAGGUCUUUUAUUCUUUGGCUGUUAUUUCACACCCACCCGUCAUUUAAAAAUGGAGCAGUCUAUACCAUAGUCAGGUUUAUUCUACAGUAAGACUUGUCCUGCUUUUAUUUUCGAAAUAACAAUCCUUAAUUAUCUGCAGUCAAGUCUCCUUUGAACUCCACAUUUUAGACGUGUUCCAAUAUAUGGGUGUUUUACAUUUGACUGGAAAGACAAUUCAUACAUGUAUUGGAUUAUAAGUGAAAUGAGGAUAAUAACAAAUAUUUGUUAAAGUUUCUUUUGCAAGAGCAGAUACUUUAAACCUCCAUAUAAUCCCUCUGCUUUGAACUUUUAAAACCAAGUAUAGCUCUCUUAAUUCCUACCCAGAAUCCUUCCUCUUAAUCCAAACAGUGUGUACAGCCCUGCAGGUGCUGAUAACACACCGACACACACUCCUCCACAAUAAUAUCUUGUAGCUUUACACCAAAUUGAUUUUCUCCUCCUAUACUCUGCAGAGAAGCAUUUCAUAGGAAGCAGCAGACUGGAGAAUAAUAUUUCAUCCUGCUGCUGAGAGGAGCACAAUUCUCCUGAAACUGAGAGGCAGGAGCCCGUCUCACUUUCACUCUCUACUCACUGCAGUCCUCCUCUUCCUCCUCUUCGCUUCCUCUCCUGUCAUUUUCUUUCUCCCCUCUUCUCCUUCUUCUCUCCAUUCUCCCCCUCCUUAUUCUCUCCCUUCUCCUCCUCUCCUCUAAUCCCCCUUCUCUCAGCAGUUGGUCUGCUUCUUUAGAAGCAAACACACAGUCAUGUUUCUUAAGAGACUUGUUCAAACUCAUGAAGAAAAUCCUGCAUUUCCCUAAAGAUUUACAUCAAAACCAGUCUCUUCAACCGCAAUUUAAUUAUACAGAAUCACACAGCUUCAAUAGGACCUCAUUGAGAGUUGUUGAGAGAUCUGCUUAAAAAGAUAAAAGGCAAACAUAUAUUUGAUAUGCAUUAACCAGUCAGAUCAAAAUGAUUGUCUGCCUAAAAAUAAAAACUAAAAGAAAGCGACAGACAUUGAACUAAAACCUAGCUUUCAAGCUAAAGCUAAUGCUUUUUUGUCUUGUCAUGCCAUGCCUUGGCCUGCUGAACUAGCUUUCAAGCAUACUCCACUGGAGAAAACUUGAUAUCAGUUUGAAGCAUAGAGAGCUCAGUAGCUAGCUAUGGCUUUAAAAUGUACCAGUUUACAUUCUAAAUCAUGAAGAAGUUUUUUCUUAAACGCUGCUGUCUGUCGUUAGCUUUUAAGCUAGCAGCAGCAUUUUGUGGGGUCUAGGCUAAAGGAGCAUUUCUGGUGGUUCUUUUUCCUAAUUUCAGUGAUAAAAAUAUGAACAACUGUAACAUUUUAUAUGCAAAAAUUGCAGAUUUAGCCUUUGAGCAGUAGUUGACAUAUUGUGGGUGAAGAAUUCCCCCCAAUUUAAAGAGAAAUGUCGAAGACGUUUUUUAAACCCUGUUUAAUUUAUUUAAUUUCUCAUGCUUAAUGUGUUAAAACCAGGAGGUGCCACAAGUCAUUCUAUGACUAUUGAAUGAUUAUGUUCUCCUACAGAAACAUGGUGUUUGUCACAUUUGUAGUAUUAGUGAUUUUUGUUAAUUAAACAACCUCAGAUGUCAGAAACUUUAGAAAGACUAACAAGCACAUAAUCCCCAUAUUCCCCUUCUUAAAAAAUAAACACAGUGUUCAUUCAUUUACUAAGACUUCUAUCUUUUUCAUUUUGGUGAUGCUCUCUUAGCAUAGAUCACAGGACCAUGUGGUAGCAGCUAGAAUCCUGCUGUAAUGAGGAGAUUAGUUUAAACACCAAUAAACACUUAUCAUCCGGCGAAAUGACGUCCUUCAGGGUUUCAUCAUCUGUCAUUUUAAUGAGUGGAAAUAAGUUCAGUUGUGGGAUGUGGGGCUGUUGUUUCUCCUGUACAGUUAUACAGCUCAAUAAACAAUCUGUAGCCUUCGAUGCCUGAAACAAAAUAAGCUAAAUCCCGGGAAAAAAACGUUUGAUCAGAGAGCUUAUGAGGCUGGGACGCCUGGUUCUCUCCUCCGCAGUGUCAUCAUUCAGCAUGCACUAGAAAAAACAUGUAUAUGGAAUUUUACAAACUCACAUUACAGUUUUUGCACUGUGAUCUUUUUGACAUGUAUUUGUACUAAAACCAAAAGGUACAAAGUGUAUUUUUUUUUCAAUUUAUGCACAAAUAUAAAAAAGGGCAAAGCAACACAUUUUGUAAAUAUGUUUUAUGUACAAAUUUGAACUUCCAAAGUACUGAUAACUGUGGAUUUUGUUUAGUUGAAUGAUGUUUUUUUUAAUUAAUAAUAAAGCUUUAUUUAUCUGU